UACACCUUAUUUACUAUUAUUGUACCGAUGGUGCAGGCAACGUUGGCGCAUGUGGCGGCGGGUUGCAACGCCGCUACGAAUUCGCUGUCGGUGGCAGUGAGCAGUGCACCUUCACCACCUGCAUGCGGAAGUUGCUGCGCUGCAUUUGCCGCCAGGAACGUGGUGUGUCUGCUGAAAAGCAGUGUCGAGAGUGACAAUCAUUCGGAUCCACUAAAGGUCGUGGAGACUUUGAAGCACCGAGAAGCGACAACCGACGCCACGAGGCUCACUAGUAUCCGACUGCAGUAUAGCCAUCAAUCUGGCCAUGUCCAGGUAAUUGCGGGUGACUCAGAAGGCCGCGUAUUUGUGUGGACAAAGGGAUCCGAAGGACAUUGGAAACUCCAGAAGCUGCAGGGUGCAGAACAAACGCUCCCGGUGGCUGCGGUGGCCAUUGCAGAGACCAAAGAACGAAGAAUGCAUGUCGCUGCGUUUUCAGAUGGAACAUUGGCGGUGUUUGAAGAGAGAAGCGAAGGAAAUGUGACGCUUUUGAGUCGACUGGAGCUUGGACGGAAGUGUAUCAUGGAAACGGUGGAUAUGACGGUAGUAGGAGACCAGGUGCUCUUAGCAGCAGGCGGAGUGGACGGGAAGGUGCAUCUGUUCGAAGUGACGGAUACUGUGACUAAGUUGUUGGAGUUAGAGGGACAUAAGGGCUGGAUCCGCAGUCUCGCUUUUGAUCAUCAAAAGACUGACACUGGAGAUGUUGUGACUCUAGCAUCUGCGUCACAGGAUCAACGGAUUCGACUGUGGAGAAUCACUACAAGCCCUAGAGAUGCUGGUGCAACGUCUGGAGAGGUGAAGGAUGGGUUUUUAGCACAUGGAUGCCACUUGACGUAUACUGUGAGUUUUGACGCUUUGCUACUUGGUCAUGAAGAUUGGGUCACAUCUGUACACUGGAUGGAGAAUGGAUCCUCAUUACUUUCUUCCUCUAUGGAUAACACGCUCAUUGUGUGGACCAAACCUGCUGAUACCAGUGGGUCAUGGUCACCAUCGCUUCGGGUCGGCGAAUUAGGAGGGAACGGUCUAUUGUCUGCAGGUGUGUUACCAGCACGCGAUGGACGUUUGAACUUGAUUUCGCUCGGCUUUGGUGGACAACUGGAGCGGUGGGAGCAGCAACCAGCGCCGUCGAAAUUAUUCUUACCUGCGAUCUCUGUUAAUGGCCAUUGUGCCGAGGUCACGGAUCUUUCAUGGUCACCAAGUGGAAAUUGCUUGGCGUCUGUGUCGCUGGACCAGACCACACGUGUUCUGGCACCAGUGGAAAGCGAGUCUAAAGGUAUACAAGAAUGGUACGAGAUCUCGAGAGCUCAAGUGCACGGAUACGACAUCAACUGCGCGUGUUUCGUGCAAGGAGAACGUCCAACAAACGAUUUAUUCGUCAGCGGUGCCGACGAAAAGAUUCUGCGCGUAUUCGAGGCUCCCGAUGAGGUGAAGGAGCUGGCUCGACGACUGCAGAAGGCCAACAACGACAGCGUGGCAACACAAGACAGUGCUGGGCAAGACCGGGCAGUGCAGCAUGCAUACCUUCCAGAACUGAGUCUGACGAAUAAGUCCGCACAAACGGAAGCAUCAGAAACGUCCGCUGUUGGUCUAGAAAGUGGCGACGGCUACGCUAAACUAAGUGAUAGGGUCUCGUUACCAGUGGGUGACAGACUAGCGCGUAAGACGCUGUGGCCUGAGCAACGCAAGCUUUAUGGUCACGGCAAUGAGCUGCUUAGUGUGGCGUCGUCUCAUGCUGGUGACUUGAUAGCAUCUGCGUGUAAGUCACGGGAAGAGAAGUUCGCUGCAGUCCGCCUUUGGAAUACAACGGAUUGGAGCGAAGCACAGCCUCCACUUGAGGGGCACAAGAGCUCUGUCGUGCAGUUGGCGUUCUCUCCGAAUGACCAGUUCUUGCUGUCGGUAUCUAGGGACAGGCAGUUUUGUCUGUACGAGCGACAAAGUCCCGGACAGAAGUUUACGCUUGUAGAGCGCGUGAAAGCGCACAAACGGAUUAUUUGGAGCUGCUCGUGGUCUCUGGACUCAAGAAUGUUUGCUCUCGGGUCUCGAGACCAGUCCAUAUCGAUCUGGCAUCAAGUUGGAGGGAAGUGGGCUCAUGCGUGUGAGCCCGUCACUUUUGACGCUGCUGUCACAGCUGUAACGUUUGCUCCGUGCAGCAUGACAGAGACUGCAGAUCUACUUGCUGUUGGACUGGAGACUGGAGCGAUCCGAUUCCUUUCUGUCUCGAAAAGUAGAGAGGAAAAUGCUGCAAUUUGCACUCCAGUGGGCGAAGUUCCGAGGGAGUUAUCGCCGUCCGCUGCAGUCUUGCGUUUGGCUUGGCGUCCUACCACAAACGAGAGAGAACACGUGCUUGCAGCAGCAAGCGCUGACAGCUCAGUGCGUGUCUACAACCUCGAACUUUAAACGGAGAGAGGUCACAUUUGAUUCCUAAGAGCAGUUAAAUUGCCUACUUGGAGUUUUGAGCACUCCAUUGCUUGUACUUGGCUAUCUCGCUUUGGAGAAUCUCACCCUGGGUCGGGUACAGUUCCUUGACAUAGUCAAGAUCUUGUCGACACAAUACGUGAAUCUGGACCCACGUCAGUGCUAUCGCCGUUGCUGCCCGCCUCGUGUUUUGUAACAAUGCCAUCUCUCCAAAGUAAUCCCCCUUGUGAAGGAUGUGAAUAAUCUUGAUAAUCGCCGAGUUGGGAUCUAGUACCCCAACUGAUCCCUUAGACCCAAUAAACCCCAUCCAGUCCCCGAACUCGUCUUUCCUAAUCAAU